UGCCCCGUGUCAAUGCCGUUGCACAUCCUUGCCUCAGUCAUCCUCACGUCCACGACUUGUCUGGUUACCCCUCCGUUGCCCGACCUUUGCCGUCAUCUCCAUGCCCCGCACUAUUGUCGUUUUGGCCUUAGCAUCUUUUGGCGCUGAUAUGAUGCCUUACUUACAUGGUUUCAUUGGUGUCUAAUUUAACCCAAAGUUGUAUUCAGUUAGUCGUUACAUUGUAUUCGUUUUCUCACGUUGUUGGAUUCGUAUUUCUGACUUCUGAGUCGUUGUGUUGUAUUCGGUUUCUAAUAUAGGUGUAGAUAUAUACACAAAUUCAGAGAAUUCUGGAUUCGGCCCGCCUUCGUCUCAUAAAUAAAGCCUAAAGCUUGUAGCGUUCAGAUCCGCUAUGGCGCUGCGUUCUCUUCUACUGCUAAGGAUUCAGGGUGUUGUUCUCCCGUCAACGAAAGGCCCCCGUACGGGGCUCUUGUCCGGGCUGUCGCCGGCGGCGGCGACGACUCGAUUUAUGGGCACCAAAUCUCAGUGUGAACAUCGCUUCCCGACAACUAUUGCUGAGGCUGAACAAAGGAUGACCCAACUGCGGGAUUCAAUAAAGGCCAUGCAGCAAGAGACCAUUAAGGACCAGCAGAAGCUACGGGAAGAGCUGACUGAGUUCGAUAAAAAUAUCAGGCGUGAGUUCGCUGAGGUAUCAAGUUCUGCUGAUAAAGCCAGGAAAGUUGGAAGCGCAUUUGUGGCUGCCGUCCUUGGCACUCCAUUGCUUCUGAUAUUUAUGAGCAAGUAUCAACCAACAGACUGAGUUGGAAACGCACUUGUGGCUGCCGUCCUGGCACCCCAUUGCCUCUGAUAUUUGGGAGCAAGUAUGAACCAUAAUAGUAUCUGGAUGUAUCUUGCGAACCUGACAGCAAUAUCAACUUGUUAGCAUUUUAUUUUGUGUGGACUGUCGCUAUGAGGUAGAAAUUUUUAUCAGGGGCUUUUAACUCAACAAUUAUGGUUGUCUUAUGAUUAGGGAUGAGAAUGAUACAAAUAUUUUUUUGACUGUA